CCCCGUUAGGAUCAAUUGUCUGCCAAGGUGUCUUUGUACAUUGUUGCAAACACAAUUGCAGCCAAUAUCUUGAUUCGUUGAUUAGUUUGCGACUAGAGUCGUUGUGUGUAUUGGAGUUGUAAAAAUUGGGUAUACGUCAUGUUACUAUGUAAAAAUAAGAUCAAGUGUCUAUGAAGAAUAAGUGAUUUUUGAUAUGUAAUUGAAGUGAUUGGACCAUUAUUCUUCCCUUCCUUCUAUUUAUAUAAAAAUAACGUGAUGCGUUUAUCCGCGAUAAACCCUUGAACCGAUUUACAACAUUUAUUUGUGGCUGACAUAUUACUCGUUUAAAUGCAAACGGAGAAUUUCUUUGCAGUAAAUUGAGCUUAUUUACAAAACCAGAAACAAGUUAAGACUGAGUCAACAUCUAAUCCACGGGCUUGGGUUAAAAAAUAAAGUGAUUUAAAAAAUUUGAAGUAAAUGAAUAUUUGAAUACAAAUUAUGAAAUAACACAAUUGGGGAAUAGUGAAUGGAAUGCCUCGGAAUGCGGAGACUGUCCAGAAAGUUUUCUUACUGCCAUUUCAUUAUUAUAUAAGUUUGUAAAAGAUCAACUAUAAUAGCUACAUUGGAAAGCAAUUUAAAUUACCUCUUCACUCAAAUAUCAAAAAUAUAUCAGAAAAAGAGUCCUGUUACUUCAAAUGCUCAAUUCGACCCAUCAGCGUAAUUAUCGAAAUGGGAAAGUGAUUGGUACCGUCCUAGGAACAGUAACAACUAUGUCUCAAUGCAUAUUCCGCCCAAAUAAUGACGAACCGAAUUCUAUUUCUAUAUCACCAGAUUUUGCCAAUACAAGCGGAAAUGGUUUUAUUCAAUUCAGACUCUGGCGGCGUCGGAAAAGGCAAGCCUUAUUACGAAUAUUUAGAUUUUAUACGUUUAGCGCUAUAUACUGGUUUUUCUACUGCGAUACUUUAAGCGUCGAUGCCGCAUUAAAUGAAGGCGGUCGAAGAAAAUUAAACGACGUAUCGGCGAAUAUAAUCACUACAAACGCUACUUCUAUAAAUUUACAGUUUUCCUGCAGUGAUAUAGUAGCUCAAUUUAAUUUGUCUGAACUGGCUCUAGGCAAUAGCGAUGGAGAUUCCGAAAGUAUUAACACUUCAACAAUAAAAUUAAAUUCCUUAAAUCGCUCACUACCAAACACUUUAAGUCGUUCCCAAGACAAGAAUUAUUUUACACAUUUGACAUACGAUUUUAAGCAGAAAGUUUUUUACGCGGGCGCAACUAAUAAGAUACUACAAUUAAAUGAAAAUUUAAGAGUUUUAACUCAGGCGUUAACUGGACCAAAAUAUGAUUCGCCACAAUGUCAUGCCAGUGGUUGCCCCGAAGAUGUGGAAACAACAUUAGUUGAUACUCAUAAUAAAAUACUAAUUGUUAAUUACGUAGAAGGGUUUGGAAUUCUUAUUGCCUGCGGCAGUGUACGACAAGGAGCGUGUGAAAUGUACAAUCUUACUAACUUCCCAAAUUCUCCAACAUUUAUUGAAACACCUUUGGCAGCAAAUGAUGAGUUUGCAUCCACAUAUGCAUACGUUGGUCCAGCAAAAUAUUCAUGGAAAGAUGAAGACAUUCUUUAUGUUGGUACAACGUUUACAAAUGUUGGCGAUUAUAGGCACGACGUGCCUGCGAUUUCAUCACGCCGUUUAGACGAUUUAAACUACGUUGAAUUUUCAAUACAACAAUCAAUUAUUAAUAUAGAUGUAAAAUAUCGAGAUCAUUUUCUUGUUAACUACGUUUAUGGAUUUAAUUCAUCAGAAUAUGCCUAUUUUGCCAUAGUGCAGAAAAAGUCUCACUUGGCUGAUGAGGCUGGUUAUAUUACUCGAUUAGCACGAAUUUGUGUUACUGAUCCGAACUAUGACACUUAUACUGAGGUAACUAUCCAAUGCCAUGCUACUAAGAACAAUAUCGACUAUAACAUCCUACGCGACGCUAAAAUAACUCAAGCAGAACAAAAACUAGCACAAUAUUUGGGAAUAAAGCGUGACGAUUUUGUUUUAGUUGCGAUAUUUUCACCAUCUAAUGAGAUAACUGACCAAGCGGAAGCCAAUUCGGCUAUGUGCUUAUACAGUCUUAAAGAUAUUGAGGAAGUAUUUAACGAAAAUAUACAUAUGUGCUUCAAUGGCACAAUCAAAGAUAGAAAUUUAGGCUAUAUCUCAGGAACUAUCGAUGAUGGCCACUGUCCAGUAGCAGGAACUAUAGGGAAUAUUCAAGACUUUUGCACCGUGGGAUUAAAAAUCAGUGGAUCAUCACCAAUUACAGCGCAAGCCCUACUUCAUUUUGAUAACGUUAGCAUCACAUCAGUUACUACCACGACCACUGGUCCUCAUUCUUUGGCAUUUUUGGGUACUGAAACCGGUUCAAUAAAAAAAGUAUUAAUAUCUGGUAACAAUGCAGGCGAAUAUGAAGAGAUAACCGUCGACCCUGGAAACAAAAUCUUACAGGAUACAAUGAUGUCUGCUAAUAAAGAGUUUUUGUACGUUCUUUCCAGGCGUAAGAUAACUAAGUUAAGAGUUGAACACUGCUCUGUUUAUACAAAUUGCUCCACGUGCUUGGAAUCACGUGACCCAUUUUGUGGUUGGUGUUCCUUGGAAAAACGAUGUACUGUACGAUCUACAUGUCAAAAGGACACUUCUGCUGCUCGUUGGCUCUCUUUAGGAAGUGGUCAACAAUGUAUCGAUUUCGAGUCUGUUGUUCCGGACAAAAUACCGAUAUCAGAGCGAACAGAAGUGCAGUUAAUUAUACGUACUUUGCCAGAACCACUCAAUGCUAAAUAUCGUUGCGUUUUUGGAAAUUCUACUCCCAUCGAUGCUGAUGUUAUUGAAAAUGGAUUAGCUUGUAUGACUCCACUACUAGAUGAAAGGCCUAAUAUACUUCCAAAUAUGGACCAUGUUUUUGUUCCACUGGCUGUUCGAAGUUCUGAAACAAAUAAAGACUUUGUAUCACGUUCAUUUGCUUUUUUUGAUUGUUCGCGACAUAACACCUGUCAGAACUGCGUUCGGAGUAUUUGGGGUUGUAAUUGGUGCAUUUAUGAUAAUAGGUGUGUACAUCGAAUGGAGCAAUGCAGGAAUAUAGAGAACGUAAUUGCAAAUGAAAAACUCUGCCCCCACUUAAAAUCCUUCCGCCAACCGAUAUUACUACCUGUACAAGUGCCAAAGGAAAUACGACUAGAAAUUGAAAACCUACCGAAGCCAAAAAGUGCUCAUUCAGGAUUUCUGUGCACAGUUCAAAUAGAAACAUCACAAAUGCUUUUACCAGCGCGAAUUGAAUCUAAUAAUAUUGUAGUUUGCGAAAAAACUCUGUAUUUCUACGAAACAAAUACACGUGAAUAUGAAGCCAAAGUGGAUAUUACAUGGAAUCGCCAACAUUAUGUCGAUACGGCAACGAUCAUUCUAUACAAAUGUGAUGUAUUGGGCUCACAUCGGGAGCAUGCCGAUUGCAGUUUAUGUGUUACAAGAGACCCGAAAUAUCAAUGUGCGUGGUGUGGUAAUUCAUGUGUCUACAAUGAAACUUGUUCGAGUGAUAUAUUGGAGCAGUCAGUGGUAAUGUACGGCUCGCCAUAUUCGUUAGUUCGUUCACAUGAUUGCCCUCGUCCCCGCAUUGACAUGAUUAAACCAUUAUCAGGACCAAUUGAAGGCGGAACCUUAGUUAUUAUUGAAGGUAGCAAUCUUGGUAUACGAGAAGACGAUGUUCGAGGAAAAAUAUCGAUUGGCAAGGUUCCAUGUGAAUUGGUUAAUUAUGAAAUUUCUGUAAAAAUUGAAUGUCGUACUGGCCCUGUUGCGCAUGAGCUCUCUGCUCCUAUAAAAGUUGCAAACGAAGCUGGCUAUACAGAGUCUAGUGUCCAGUUUCACUACAAGAAUAUACAACUUAUUGGACUACAACCAACACUAGGACCUAGGUCAGGAGGUACUCAAAUUUCCCUUAUGGGAAAAUAUCUCAACAUCGGGUCACGUAUACGGGCUUUUCUGGAUGAAUAUGAAUGUCAUAUAAAUGUUACUCAAGCAUCCUCCUCCCGCUUAACUUGCAUUACUUCCGAAGCUACUCAACCGGAACCGAUACGAACUUUACAUUUAGUCAUAGAUGGUGCUAAUCGUACAUACACCUGCAAUAAUCCACACACUCGACAGCAAGAAAGAUUGAACAGCCAACAACAUGUUGUAUCCGCUGAAUUGGAUUACAAUCACCACUAUCUUACACCCACGCCACGAGUAUGUUCCAUAUUUAAUUAUACACAAGAUCCGCGUAUAAUGCAAAUAAAACCCUUACGAAGUUUUAUAAGUGGAGGAAGGGUAAUGACAGUACAUGGCCUACAUCUCGACUCCAUACAGAAGCCGGAAUUAGAAGUAAUGAUUGACAGUGAGCGUGUAAAUAAAAGUGCUUGUACUGUCAUAAACUCUAAUCGGAUGGAAUGCCCAUCACCAGCAGUUAAUUUAAAAUUUUUGGAGUACAAAGCUUUUUUAGACCAAAUCACAACAGCGGUCGCUAACCCAGCUGUUUCACCACUUACUAAAUAUACUUUUGGUACCAUUAAUAAACGUAGUCCACAAAGUAAAGAUACCACAUAUGUAUACCCAUCGACAAGCAACACUGCUAGUGGUUACUUUCCUGGAACCAGCGAUAGUUCUGAUGUUACCGCUUCUACUAAAAUACGAGAAGCACAAUUAAGUCUUCAGGUAGGCUUUAUUAUGGACAAUGUGCAGUGGGUACGCGAUUUAAACAAAUAUUUUCAAAGUAUACGUAGCAUCAUGGUUUACGUGCCUGAUCCGAAGUAUACUCCGUUCCCGGGAGGUAUUAAGUUGUAUAAAGGCGAUACCCUGGUAAUAGAAGGCGAACAAUUAAACAUUGCUGCUGAUGAGUAUGACGUAAAUGUAACAAUUGGUACUAUGCGGUGUAAUAUUACAAGCUUAGCGCUAAACCAAUUAGUUUGUAUUCCUCCAGAAAAUCAGCCAGUUCCAACUGACGAAAGUGGAGCGGAGCAGCCAAACUCUUUGCCUUUAGUAGUUGUAAAAGUCGGCCGUAAUCUACGUUUUGUUAUCGGUCAUUUAAAGUAUGACUUACAUAAAUCAUACACAUUUUCUAAUGCCCUAGUAGCUAUUAUUGUAACAGUUGUCACCGCAUUAGCAGCUUUGUUUGUAGUUCUAAUUAUCUAUAGAAGAAAAUCAACGCAGGCGGAACGUGAAUACAAACGAAUUCAAAUUCAAAUGAUUACAUUGGAAAGCAAUGUGCGUUCAGAAUGUAAACAAGCAUUUGCCGAAUUGCAAACCGAUUUGACUGAUUUGACCGCUGAUUUAGAAAGUACUGGCAUACCUACGCUCGACCAUGUCAAUUAUAUAAUGAAAGUGUUCUUUCCUGGAGUUUCCGAUCACCCAAUUUUGGUAGCACCGAAGCUAAGAAUGAAUAUUCCCCAUAGUCCAUACGAUACAGCCAUGCUUCAAUUCGAACAACUGAUAAGCAACAAAUAUUUUGUACUGACAUUUAUUGAAACACUGGAAUCUCAGAAAACGUUCACUAUCCGCGACAAAGUUAAUGUUGCAUCGCUGUUAAUGAUCGUUUUGAUGAAUAAAAUGGAAUAUACCACAGAGAUUUUGAAGUGUCUAUUAUUACGUUUAGUAGAUAAGUCAGUAGUGGGAAAGUAUCCGCAGUUAAUGUUGCGCCGUACUGAAAGUGUUGUCGAAAAAAUGCUUACCAAUUACAUGGCGAUUUGUAUGUACGACUAUUUAAAGGAAUAUGCUGGUGCAAGUUUGUUCUUAUUGUUUAAAGCCAUCAAACAUCAAAUAGAGAAAGGUCUUGUAGAUGCUAUAACACAUGAAGCACGGUACUCGUUAUCAGAAGAGCGAUUAUUACACGAGCAAAUCCCACAUUCUGUUGUGAUGCUACACAUAGUGCAGGAUGAUCUUGAUGAAAAAGUCCAGUGCAAAGUACUUGAUUGGGAUACUAUUUCACAAGUAAAAUCGAAGGUACUGGAUGCUCUUUUUAAAAAUACACCUUUUUCCUGCCGACCUUCAGUGAAUGAAGUCGAUUUAGAAUGGCGUCAUGGUCGUGGCGGUCACUUAACAUUGCAAGAUGAGGAUUUAACUACCAAGACAAUAAAUGGAUGGAAACGCCUAAACACUCUGGCCCAUUACGGUGUGAAGGAAUCUGCAGUUAUGUCGCUGAUAGCACGUCAAGGGGAUGGUUUUAAUACACAUUACAAUAAAAAUCAGCAAUCGUACCAUAAUUUUUAUUACAUUAAUAAUUCGCAAUCCCAAAUUAUUAUUAACAAUGACAUCGAAAGUGGACCACAGCAACCGCGAGUGUAUCAUUUGGUGAAACCAGUAGGGAAUGAUCAUUUUAUGAAUAUUAAAAAUACUGCCAUUUCUGGUGGUAACGUAACUUCUGCAGCAUGUAGCGCAGUUAGCGACCGCAUAAACAAGACUAUACCUGAAGUUUAUUUAACUAGAUUGUUGGCGGCUAAAGGAACUGUACACAAAUUUGUUGAUGAUUUUUUUGCUACGAUACUAACUGUAAAUGAAGAAUUACCUCCGUCUGUGAAAUGGCUAUUUGAUCUACUUGACGAAGCCGCACGAAGAUACCAAAUUGUCGACACAGAAAUACUCCAAGCAUGGAAGUCAAACAGUUUACCGUUGCGGUUUUGGGUAAAUUUUAUAAAGAAUCCAGACUUUAUAUUUGAUGUAAAUAAAACAGUAACCUUGGACUCUUGCCUAAGUGUAAUAGCGCAAACUUUUAUGGAUGCGUGUUCAACAACUGAGCAUCGACUUGGGAAAGAUUCUCCUUGUAACAAGUUGUUAUUUGCAAAGGACAUUCCGCAGUAUCGUAAGAUGGUUAGACAAUUUUAUCGCGAUAUCGCUCGUUUGCCUCAAAUCAGUGAUCAAGAAAUUAGUACAGCUAUGCAGCAGUUAUCAGUGCAACAGAGUGAUGAGUUUGACACGUUAGUGGCGUUAAAAGAGCUUUAUAUAUACGUUACAAAAUAUUGGGAUGAGAUCGUUCAUGCUCUAGACACGGAUCUGAAUUGCAAAAAAAAUAAUUUAUCACAUAAGUUGGAAAAUGUGGCGUUUACGUUAAGUGGAGAGGAAACCUCUGCUUGCUGACAUCUGCAUGAAAAUUAUUUUCCUGAAAAUAAAUUACUAUUUAAAAGAAAUAACUUAUUAAAUAUGUCACACUACACAUUAAGGGACAGUAUGAAUUUAGAGAAUUUUAGUGAGUGUUCCAGUAUGUUUAGAAAAGCUAUUGCAAGAUGAACAUCUGUCAAAUUGCAGACGAAUAACUCCUGUACAAUAUUUCAACUCCAAUUAACCAGCUCUACCAUCAAUUCGCUAUAAAUUUGCUACAUCUUGGCUAUCGCUACUGUUGACUCAUAGUUCGAAUUGUUAUAUUUUCCAGAUAAUUACUUCAGUCAGUUGUACCAGCGAAUCACCGCAGAUGCCGAUCAUACUAGACUGAAGCAAAUAUAUAUUCUAACUAGACUGACACUACUUCCUAAACAUUAAAAUAUACACGUACAUUUUUUUUAAGAACAUGAUAUAUGAUAAAUUGUACAAGUAACGGAUUGUAAAAGUAUACGUGUAUGAAUUUUUAUUAAAAGUUUAAUAACUAAGUGCAUCUCAAGGUAUUAAUAUUAAUUUAAAUGGUAGCAGUAAAAAGUUUUAUUGUAAUGAAAUACGUUGCGACCAUCACAUACAUUACUUCUCGGAAAUUCGAACAACUUUGAAAGCAGUGAAGUAUUAUUUAUGUCAAAAGUCAUACUGGUACCUCUUAUCACGUUAACUAGACACACAUUUCAAAUUAUUUUCUUAAAUAUUCUUUUUUGCUUUUUACAAAUAUUAAAUAAACUUGAAUCAUUGCCCAAGAAAUUGCAUAUAUGACA